AUGGGCCCGGAGGAGAAAUCGAAAGAGAGACACCAUAAAUCGCAUACCGCUCCUAGAAAGCGCUCCUUCCUAAAUGCCUUCAGCCAGGAUGGGUAUGCCAACACCAAUACCGCUCGUUUUCCUCAACCUUUCUCAUCACCCACAGCCUCAAAUGAGAUGGUUUCGCCUGAACGAACCUUAGAAGUAGAGACAAGUAACUUUGCUGCGUCACGAGCUGCGAUCAUGAAGAACAGUAGAAAUCAAGCUGGAUGCGAGCCUGGCUUGGACCCCUAUGACCUAACCGGCCUUGAUGGCCCUGCUAUUUCCGUCCCAAGUCCUAGUCGAGCAGGACAAAGGUCAUCCUUAGCCAAACCAGCGCUGAAACCCGAAAAUGAAAAGAGGGUCGAUUCUCUCACCCAAAAGAGUCUCAAAUCGACUCUGCGCAAACCUUCCCGUACAGGAACAAAGGCAAUCGUUGAGCAGAACGCCCAGCCCAGCUUGAGAAAACCAGCGGCGUCCAAACCCGGCCAUUGCGCCAUAAAACCCCACCCUCUUCAGCCCCUAGGGUUGAUGGAUCGUUGUCAAGUCGAACAGCACCACGGUACCGCUGUGGCUGAUGAUGCCGUUUCUCCCAACGACGAUGUCAAGCUUGAUAUGGAUGUCUGCUCUCCAGCGCAUAAUGCAACACCAAGGCAUAACCGGGUCAAUAAAGCAGCUACUACGGUCAAGGUUACGUAUGGAUCACGGAGGUCAAUCCUGAGGGAGGUCAACCCAACAGAUCCAGUUCAAUCCCUAAUAGCAUCCCCGGCCAUGAAACCGACACUUCCCUCGGACCAAGGAGACUUAUUCUCCCUUAAUGUUCCCAUUUUAUCAGAUGAUAGCGACGAGGACACGUCGCACAAAGGCGCAGUCCAAAGCAUACACGAGCUUCGUCAAGCAGGCGCCAAUAAUCGGUAUACGGAUGAGAUAGAUGACCUACUUGAGCGGGUCGGCCUCCCACAGAGCGAGACAGCUUCCCUUCGAAGGAAUGCCCUCCUUGAAAUUGCGACGAAGUUACAUGAAAAGCGGUUUCUUCGUCAGUUCAAAGAUUACGGCCCUCCGCGAACUCUCUUCGAUGACCUUUCUGCUGAAACGGACCCGAUAAAUGCAUUUUCACUCAUCUCGGCGCUGCUUACCCUCCUCGGGGCCAGUGUACCCAUCUGGAACUACAAGACGCUUCAGGAUGCAGGCAUUUGCCGGCUUCUUGCAAGGUUGUUGCAACAUCAUGAAGACAUAUUCGAUAUCGCUACGCGAAAAGAAUUGAAGCUCUCGCGGAAAUCUCAACAAGCCGUGGCUGUACUAGGCACAUUGGUUGGGCGCCUAAGUUUUUGGCCCUCAAAACCGACUGGAAUGUCGCCUCAUAGGCUUGCUCUUAUGUUCAUGUUCAUCUCUUGCCGCUCACAAGAAGGGAUAGAGUGUCUCAAGACGUCAUCCCAAGUCAUCGGGCACCUCCUGUACCUUUUAAAAUCAUCGUUUCGGCAUGAAACCUCCAAACAGGAUGAGAAAGAUCUCAGUUCGCAUGAUAGACUCAUGGUUGCUACGAUCCUUGAAGAAUUAUCCGGUGCCGCCGUCACUGACCCGGGCCCCAUGGAGUGGCCUGAAGGCCACCAUCACACGAUAUCAAAUGCCCUAGAUAUUGCUCUUAAGCGGCCUGCUACCACAUUUGGAGCGAUUGAGAGUUCAAUUUUGAAAUUGGCAAUGAAUACUACCAACAAUAGUGCCCCUGCUGCCUCCAUCUGGCAAGAUACUGGACGCUUCCAAACCCUUGUCGCAUCAGCCACCAGCCAUUUCAAUCUUGUGAAAUCGGAUGUGGCCAACGGUCAAUGGAAUGCUGACCUCUACAAUCGGUUGUUACUCAUCCUCGGUGUUACAAUCAAUAUUUGCGAACAUGUUAGACCAGCAGAUCCGCCACUUGAAGAUGCAGUGUUGGAGGAUCUCAUUCAGACCUUUCUUGAUAACUCUUCUUUGACUCGUGAGGUAGGUCACACCUCGGACUCCUUAUAUUAG